AUUUAUUUUAUUGGCCACACUGUCAAUACAUACUAAUGUGAAAAACUGCGUGUUUGUUCGUAUUUCCUCAAGUAAUUUAAUUUAACUACCGGAAUAACAUAACUAAUGGCUAUUGUAAAGACACCAGUGCUCAAAGUAAUAUUGUGUGGCGAAUAUGGUGUUGGAAAAAGCUCGUUGUUUCGGAGGUUUAUUAAUAAUACAUUUGUCCCAAACUCUGAUAGAAGGUCGACAUUGGGACUAGAUCACUUCGAAAAGUUAUACCAAGUCGCAGAUAAAGACGUCAAGUUACAGUUAUGGGAUACUGGAGGCAUGGAAAGAAUUGCAUCUGUUACAUCAAGUUAUUACAAAUUUGCUGAAGCAGCAAUUUUAGUAUUUUCUCUGGACAAUGCAUCAUCAUUUCAUGUUCUUAGUCAGCAUUUACUUGAUAUUGUCACAUAUGCAGAAAAUGCAAAAAUAUUUUUAUGUGGUAAUAAAUCAGAUUUGGAGGGCUCAUCACCUCAAGUGACAGAUGCUGAUAUUGAGACAUUCUGUGAGCAAUGUCACAAUCUCAUCAGUAGUACAUACAAAACAUCAUGUAAGACUGGCAAAGGUGUUGAAGAAAUGUUUGCUGACAUAGCCUUGCAGCUUGUGGAGUCAAAUAGAUCAAGAAUUGAGUUACAGACAUUGGAUCAUAAUAGUUUCAAGAUCAACCCGGAUCAGCCCGAAGAGCCAGCAUGUAAUUGUUGACUUAAAAGUACCUACAAUUUGCAUCAAAGCUUCACUGAUUGCAUGUUUUUGGUUAUUUUUGCUGUUUUCCAGGUUUAGUCGGCAAUGUGCGGUGACAUUAUCAGAAUUCAUAAAACAAUGAUAAUUUUAAAACAAAUAAAAUUUAUGCAAUGGC